GUCUGCUGCUGCAGGAGGACCGGCUGGACGCCCUCUCCCUGCUCUGCCUGACCUCCCUGCCCAGUUUCUGCCUCCUCUUUGGGGCGGCCGUGGCGCUGGAGGUGGGUCCCUCCUGGGAGGGUGUCCUGCGCUACGAUGGCACCCUCUGGGCCUGCAUCCUGCUCAGCUGCCUGAGCUCCGUCCUCUACAACCUGGCCACCUUCUGCGUCCUCUCCCUCACCUCUGCCCUCACCGUCCACGUCCUGGGCAACGUCACCGUGGUGGGCAACCUGCUGCUCUCCCGCCUGCUCUUCGGCAGCCACCUGAGCGGGCUCAGCUACCUGGGCAUCGGGCUGAUGCUGGCUGGGAUGUUCAUGUACCACCAGCCGGACCUCAUCGCCGCGCGCUGGGCGGCACGGCCGGGCCGGGGCCCCCCCCGGAGGGAGUAG